AUGACAGUCCAAGCAUCCACGCGCCUUUGGGCCCUCUUGAACGAUCCUUCGCAGAUCGUCGUCGGUCCUGGCGUUUACGACGGCAUCACCGCCCGCCUUGCCCUGAACGCCGGCUUCCAAACCCUCUACAUGACCGGGGCGGGGACCAGCAUGUCCACGCUGGGCAUGGCUGACCUCGGCCUCGCCACCAUGACAGAGAUGAGACAGAAUGCCGAGAUGAUUGCCAACAUCGACCGGUCGGUGCCCCUCAUCGCGGACGCGGACACGGGUUACGGUGGCACCCUCAGCGUCGCGAGGACGACGGCCGCGUACAUAUCGGCCGGCGUCGCGGGAUUCCACCUCGAGGACCAGGUCGUCAACAAGAAAUGCGGGCACCUCGAGGGCAAGCAGCUCGUGUCCAAGGAGGAGUACCUGACGCGGAUACGCGCCGCGGUCGAGACGAAGAAACGGAUGGGGUCGGACAUCGUCAUCAUCGCCCGGACGGACGCCCUACAGUCGCUGGGCCUGGAGGAGUCCCUGACAAGACUAGAAGCCGCGGUCGACGCCGGUGCCGACGUCGCCUUCCUCGAAGCAAUCACCAAACGAGAAGAAUUGGUGGCGGUCUGUGAAAGGUUCAAAGGAAAAGCACCGGUCAUGUACGGCAUGGUCCAAGGGUCCAGCGCUUACAAGGUGACGGUAGACGAAGCCAAGGCGUUGGGGGUCAAGAUUAUCGUGUAUGCCGGCGCGUGUCUGAUGCCGACCUUUGUGGCCGUAUCUCAGGCCCUGAAGACGUUGAAAGAGACGGGCGACUGCGAACAAUAUGGUGGUGGGCAGUGGUCCCCCCACAAAGUGUUUGACGCUUGUGGAAUGAAGGAGUUGAUGGACUUUGAUCGCAUGAUAGCUAGUAAUGCAGCGAAUCCAAAGUAA